AUGGCAAAUGUGGGAGACCCUGUGCAAAAUGGAAGGAGCGAGUUGUUUCCCGACGCACAUUUUGCUGCCACUGCCUGCCAUGGAAUGCACCAGCACAUCCCGGCAGGCGCGACUAUGUAUAUCUACGAUGAAGGUGGAGUCGGAUUCAAAACAACGGUGUUAUUCAAGAGUCCAGAAGAACAGAGGGACUUCUUGCUGUUGAGAUUUACUACCAACCUUGUCGUGCCUCCUCCAUUUGUUACUUCACCUGUCAUGGGUGGUGCACACUAUUUGCUCAUGGGGUACCCCAGUGGGCCCGUGAAAAUUCUUCCUGGAACAACGCUCGAAGAUACAGUGACCAAGAUGUGGGCUGUUCAAUUGCGACACCCGGUAGCUGCAAAUGGCCAAGGACAAGCAAAUGCAAAUGGCCAAGGACAAGCAGCUGGAUUUAAC